CAGCACAGAGAGCUGCCCCCUCGGUGCCCCCAGGAGGCAAUUGUGGGGAGGAUGGUGAAUGACUGACCACAUGGACACUGGCUUUUCAGCAUUUCUUGGAGUCUCUGCGGAACCCCCGGGCCAGACCCCGUAGUGGAGGCUCUAGGACCUACCUCCCGACCCCAGCAGCUCUGAUUGGGUCCCCAGCUGCCCACCCGGCUUCUAGCUCCUGGGAAGAGCAGAGUCAUCGGCAAGAGAGCCCGGAGAGCUGAGGCCCAGCGGGAACAUGCCAGCUAACCAGAGUUCUCCCCAGUGGUCCUCGGUCCUGGCUGCAGAGGGACAUGGCAGCCUGUGUGAGGUCUCCGUGUCAUUCGAGGAUGUGACUGUGGACUUCAGCAAGGAAGAGUGGCAGCAACUGGACCCUGCUCAGAGACGCUUGUACCGGGAUGUGACGCUGGAGAAUUACAGCCACCUGCGCUCAGUGGGGUGCCUGGUUCCCAAACCAGAGGUCAUCUUCAAGUUGGAGCAAGGAGAGGGGCCAUGGACAUUGGAGGGGGAAACCCCACAUCAGAGCUGGUCAGACGAGGAUAUUGGGGAAAAGCAACACCAGAGAAUUGCUGGGAAAGUUUCAUUGCACUGUGAGAAAUUUGGUCAACUCAUAGGAGAAGAUCCAUUGUGUUCCAUUUUAGAAGAAUUGUGGCAAAACAAAAGCCAGCUAGAGAGAUAUCGGGAGAGCCAGAAUCACCCUUUAAGUCAUGUGAAAGUAUUGAUUAAGGAGAGGGGCUAUGAAUGUAAGAAUACUGAAAAAAUAAUCCAUGUGAGUACCAAGCUUGUUCCUUCAAUUAAAAGUCUCCGUAACUAUGACCCAUUUAGAAAGAGUCUGAAGCAUACUUUAAACUUACACAAUCAUAAUAAAAGCAAUGCAACAAAGAAGCUUGAUAAGAUUUUUGGAAAUGAUAACAAUUUUGCCCCUAGCUCUUCGUCUACUGAGACUGCGAAUACAGGGGCAAAUUCCUGUGACAUUAAUCAAUGUGAAAAACAUCUUGGCAACAAACAAGUUCUCAUCCACCAUCAGACAAUUCAGACUGGGGAGCAACUGCCUGUAUGUACUGAGUGUGUAAAGGGCUUCUCCCAAAAGCCCCAUCUCUCUGAGCAUCAGAGAAUUCAUGCUGAGGAAAAAUCCCAUGAAUGUCAUAAAAGCCACAAAGCCCUCAGGCAGAAGCCACCAAUUAAUGUACCUCAAAGUGCUUAUACAGGAGACAAACCCUAUAUAUGUACUCAAUGUGAGAAGGCCUUUACUCUCAAGUCGAACCUCAUUACACAUCAGAAAAUUCAUACUGGGCAGAAACCCUAUAAAUGCAGUGAAUGCGGAAAAGCCUUUUUCCACAGAUCCUAUCUCUUUAGACACAUGAGAAUCCAUACGGGAGAAAAACCGUACGAAUGCCGUGAGUGUGGAAGAGGCUUCUCCCAGAAUUCAGACCUUACCAUACAUCAGAAAACUCAUACCGGAGAGAAACACUACGCGUGCGGCGAAUGCGGGAAAGCCUUCACCAGAAAGUCAGCACUCAGAAUGCAUCAGAGAAUCCACACAGGAGAGAAACCCUACGUAUGCCCUGAAUGCGGGAAGGCCUUCAUCCAGAAAUCCCACUUCAACACACAUCAGAGAAUCCAUACCGGCGAGAAGCCUUACGAAUGUGGCGAGUGCGGAAAGUCGUUCACGAAGAAGUCACAGCUCCACGUGCAUCAAAGAAUUCACACAGGGGAAAAACCCUAUAUAUGUACAGAAUGUGGAAAGGUCUUCACUCACAGGACAAACCUCACUACACAUCAGAAAACUCAUACUGGAGAGAAACCCUAUACAUGUGCUGAAUGUGGCAAGGCUUUCAGCGACCAGUCAAAUCUCAUUAAACACCAGAAAACGCACACUGGAGAGAAACCCUAUAAAUGCAACGGCUGUGGAAAAGCCUUCAUAUGGAAAUCACGCCUCAAAAUACAUCAGAAAUCUCAUAUUGGAGAGAGACACUAUGAAUGCAACGAAUGUGGGAAAGCCUUCAUCCAGAAAUCGACACUAAGUGUGCAUCAGAGAAUCCACACAGGAGAGAAACCCUACGUUUGUCCUGAAUGCGGGAAGGCCUUCAUCCAGAAAUCCCACUUCAUUGCACAUCAUAGAAUCCAUACCGGAGAGAAGCCUUACGAGUGCAGCGACUGUGGCAAGUGCUUUACUAAGAAGUCACAGCUUCGUGUGCAUCAGAAGAUUCACACAGGGGAGAAACCCAAUAUAUGCGCCGAAUGUGGAAAAGCCUUCACUGACAGGUCCAAUCUGAUAACACAUCAGAAAAUCCACACUAGAGAGAAACCCUAUAAAUGCAGUGACUGCGGAAAAACCUUCACUUGGAAGUCCCGCCUCACUAUCCAUCAGAAAUCUCAUACUGGAGAGAGACACUAUGAAUGCAGUAAAUGCGGGAAAGCCUUCAUCCAGAAAGCAACAUUAAGUAUGCAUCAGAUUAUUCAUACCGGAAAGAAACCCUAUGCCUGUUACAUUUGCAAGAAAGCCUUCAGCAGGAAAUCUGAUCUCACCCUUCAUCAUAGGAUUCAUAUUUCUGAGAAGCUCUAUGAAUGUAAUGAAUGCAAGGAAGCCUUCUCCUAUAACACAUCCUUUACUGACCAUCAGAAAACUCAUGCUGGGGGCAAAUGCUAUGAGUGUUCUGAAUGCGGUAAAGUGUUUAUCCAAAAAGCAAACCUUGUAGUACAUCAGAGAACUCACACAGGAGAGAAGCCUUAUGAAUGCUUUGAAUGUGCAAAAGCCUUCAGCCAGAAGUCAACCCUCAUUGCUCACCAGAGAACUCACACAGGGGAGAAGCCCUAUGAAUGCAGUGAAUGUGGGAAAACCUUCAUCCAGAAGUCGACUCUGAUUAAACACAAGCGAACUCACACAGCAGAGAAACCAUUUGUAUGUGGUGAAUGUGCAAAAGCCUUUAAGACCAACCCCAUUAAACACCAGAGGUCUCAUACAAAAGAGAAACCUUAUGAAUGCAGUAAAUGCAGAAAAAGCUUCAGGGGAAAGUCACACCUCUCUGUUCAUCAGAGGAUUCAUACAGGAGAGAAGCCUUACAAAUGCAGCAUAUGCGGGAAGACUUUCAGUGGGAAAUCACACCUCUCUGUCCAUCAUAGAACUCAUACAGGAGAGAAGCCUUAUGAAUGCAGAAGAUGUGGGAAAGCGUUUGGUGAAAAGUCAACCCUCAUUGUACAUCACAGAACCCACACAGGAGAGAAACCUUAUAAAUGCAAUGAGUGUGGGAAAGCCUUCAGCGAGAAGUCACCACUGAUAAAACAUCAGAGAAUUCAUACAGGAGAAAGGCCCUAUGAAUGCAGUAACUGUGGGAAGGCUUUCAGUAGGAAGUCAACUCUCAUUAAACAUCAGAGAAUCCACACAGGGGAAAAACCCUAUGAAUGCAGUGAAUGUGGGAAAGCCUUUAGUGUGAAAUCAACUCUCAUUGUACAUCACAGAACUCAUACGGGAGAAAAACCCUAUGAAUGCAGGGACUGUGGAAAAGCCUUCAGUGGGAAGUCAACUCUCAUUAAACAUCAGAGAAGCCACACAGGAGAUAAAACCUAUUAAGACACUUGAGCGUGAGAUAAUGUCACUAUUCGUUAUAUCUCAUUAUGUAUCUGUUCAUCCUGGUCAGUAACCUUAUAAAUGUCAAGAAUGUCAGAAACUCUUAAGAUAUUAUUUAAUGUUCCUUUAAUAUAAUAAAUGGUACAAAAGCAUAAUUCCAGGAGCAUGCAGUGAAUGUGAUCAGAUUUUUACCCAGAAUUCUUAUCCGUGAGUGGAAAAUUAUGUAUCAGAGAAUUCCAAGGUGGCAAAAUUGUGAGUGUAUUGACAUGAGAUUACCUUGAGAAAGAAUUUAAAUGUCAAUGCCUGUCAGGGUAUUUAUGCUGAGGAAGAACUAAGAAUUGAAUGAGUUUAGAAAACCGUGUUAGCA